AUGAGGACAGGGGAGGGUUUCCUCUGUGUCUUCGCCAUCAACAACACCAAGUCUUUUGAGGACAUUCACCAGUACAGAGAACAGAUCAAACGUGUGAAGGACUCAGACGACGUUCCCAUGGUGCUUGUGGGAAACAAAUGUGACCUCCCAGCACGCACGGUGGACACAAGGCAAGCCCAGGAACUCGCCCGCUCCUACGGCAUCCCUUACAUCGAGACCUCUGCUAAGACACGACAGGGAGUAGAGGACGCCUUCUACACACUGGUUAGGGAGAUCAGACAGCAUAAGCUGCGGAAGCUGAACCCACCUGAUGAGAGUGGUCAGGACUGUAUGAGUUGUCGCUGUGUGGUAUCGUGAUGCAGCUGACUGUUGCACGUUGAGGAGAAAUGCUACAGCACAUAGUGGCAGCAUGGACUUAAAGAUAGAAAGAUAAAACAAGUCAAUGAUGAAAUAUAAACUUUUUU